AUGCCGCCGGGCGCGAGCGCGGAUGACCCCGCGCGCGCGGCGUCGCGGGCGGAGAGCGCGAUCGGGGACCUCGCGCGCGUGGACGCGGUGCGAAAGUCCCUGGAUGCGGGACGAGAGAUGGUGGAGACGAGUCGAGCGGCGACGCGAACGCUCGAGGCGAGCGGCGCGACGACGGUUUCGGGACGGUACGCGCUCGAGGCCGAGGCGUUGGCGCCGUUGAUGGAGACGGUGCGAGAGGGAAUCGAUGGAUUGGAGAGCGGCGCGCGAGCGCCGCUGCGGGUGGUGGCGCUCGGACGGUCGGGGGUUGGGAAGAGUCACGUGUUGAACGCGUUGCUCAGGGAGCUGGCGCGGAGAGGGAACGACGACGCGAAGGACGUCGAGAGACGACGAACGUGGAGCGACGCGACGGCGUUGACGAUCACGAGCAUGGUUGCGCACGAUCAAGCUGCGGAGGAGGAGGCGGCGGAUAAACUUCGGGCGAUAGAGGAUGGAGGUAGCGGCGCGGCGCUGGACGCGAACGCGCGCAUGUUCGCGCCGCCGCCGGCGUUGGAUCGUGAGAAGACGGCGGCGAUGUACGUACCGCGGCACUUGCGGGGACGAGCUAUCAGGGGUGACGCGUUCAAGGAUUCGGAGGCGGAGAAUCUUCAGAAGGAGAAGAUGAAUAGGGCGAAGAAGCAGGCGUCUAAGAAGGGACAGCCGAAGGCGACAUACUUGCUGUACAAGGAGCAUCAGGAGCAGCUAGCGAGGGAGGCAGCGGCACGCGCGGCGGCGGAGGAGAAGCUCCGCAAUUACGAAAAUAUGAUCGACGCGUACGAGCUCCCUGCUCGCUCGAUACCGUUCUCUGAAUCGCCGGAUCCCCCGGAGGAAUUUCUAUCCGAGGACGUUCGCAUGCCAUUCUUGCUUCCGGAAGGCGACGUGAUGGACACCACUUCCGUGGCGUCUUCUGUCAGCACUUCCGACACCUUUAGAGUGACAUUGGUUUACUUUGCCCCGGAUGUGGUGAAGAAACACGUGCAUGCGCUCCGACAUGCCGUCCGUGUGGCGCGACAGGUUGCGGAGGCUCAAUCCAAAUUGGGCGACUACGCCGAGACUUUCGUGCGCAGAGAGAUUGAAGCGACUGGUGCCAACGAAGUGACCCUGUUAGAUUUCAAAAAGAAGGCAAGGGAGGGCGAGUUCGAUCCGGACGAUGGUUACGGAUUACCGUCAGAGCUUCGUGUCGCGUGCGCGAUGGUCGGAUUGGAUCCAAACAUGUUGUCGCUCGAGGAUGUCGACGAGGACAAGUGCGCGAUCCCGCCGCAGUACAUCACGAGGCUCGGGCAGCGCGUGGUGUUCGAGUAUGAGCCUGAUAGUCCCAGUGGAAAAGUAGAUUAUAGUGUCGCGGACAAUUUCUAUCGCGCGCUGAGGGCGACGAAGCACACGAUAUGGACGCAAACGCACACUCCGGCAUCGUGCUGGGGACUGUUACGAGAAGUGAGAAUAGAUAUUCCGGUUCCACCUGAGAAUCGUGGACUAGUUUUAGUGGAUGCACCCGGGGCGGGUGAUACCGAUCCUGCGAGAGAUAGACACCUUAUUGCGGCUCUGCGCAAUGCUUCGGCUGUUAUUUGUCUUGGAGACGCGCGGGAAACCACUGGCGAUAUCGUUCGAGCGCUCCAUAAGAGUGGUUUCUUGCAGCAACUGAUCACUCGACCGGCGACGAGGCGUCUAAUCAACGCCGUGCAGGGAGAUCGAAUAUGGGGCGAUAGCUCGACAACGUUUCGUAAGGCACGAGCGCUGCUGAAGAGCGAACUCGGUAAGGAAGUCACCAAUUCAGAAUUGGAAGAGCAUCAGCCACCGAUUGAUAAAGACAUCCAGUGGGCCAUCGAUCGCAUCAUCAAUCAAAAUUCGGUUACGAUCGCGAACGUAAGACGUAGUGAGUUGCUUGGGAUGUUGAUGGAUCAAUCUGGAAGCGUGGCUGAAACCAUGCCCACCGCAAACGCAGUCAUCAGCGUCGCAUGGAAAUUUGUUGAGAUUCGUUCAUCUUGGUCAGCAGCGUUGGAUCCGACGCUUGAGAACGUGCGAGAAGUCACCGGGCACGCUUAUUUAUACUCCAUACUCGAUGAACUCAAGCACGCGAGAGAUUUGAAGCUCUUACGUCGAUCGACGAGGAAAGUUCACGACGCUCUUAAAACGUUUUGCGAAAUGGCGGAACCGCUCGUCGCACUUCCAAGUAGUUGCGAUGAUUCAUUGCGAGGCUUUCACGAUGAGAUUGAAUUCCGCCUGGGUGCGGAUGCGUCUUACGCGGGGAGAAAAGUAUGGGAGGCUGCUUACCGAUUCUGUCGGGAGACGGUUUACUCAGUGUUGAGCGAAUCGAUUAAGUCGCUUGAGGCACACGCGAUCAAAUACGGCGACGCAAAGCUCGUGCGUACGGUGUUGACCAAGACGUUGAACCGAGAUAAAUCGCUCGAGCUACGAAGGCAGGAGAUUAGGACGCAGAAAGACGUGGAAGACUUCAUCAUGGACGCGAAGAGUUCCAUGCUGCAGAUUAUCGGCUCGACAUUUGACGGAGCGUUCAAGACCACGAAGAACGAUUCGUCGGAAGCGUCCAUAGGGUCGCUGCUCAGUCUGUGCAAUAGUGUUCUUCGUCAUUGGGCGGCGCAAAUGAUGGAUGAUAAAGAUGAUUGUUUCGAAGCGAUGAUGAAGGAAAGGUUCACGGACCUCGUUGGUGAAAAGAAGGAUCCAUCUCGCGCGAUGAUGCGCUCCUUCAUGAGGAUGGCGCUGCGAAAUUUCAAGCUCACAGCGCGCGCGAGCAAGGCAUACACGCCAAACAGGUCGAUCGCUAGAGAUACGGAGGCGUUACACCAGAAGUGUAUGAAAAGAAUCAACGCCGUGGUGAAUAAACAGGUCAAGGCAAUAGCAGAGGGCUGUUUGUGCGCGCAUUGGAAUCAUGACGACGAAGGACACGACGCGAUCACGCCCACGCCGGAGGGCGUCGAUGCGUUCAUGGAGUACACCAUCAAUGCUUUCUCAUUGAGCGCAUGCACGAUGUACGAUCUCAUCGUCGAUGAGGUGGAACAGACGAUAAUCCAGUGGUUUGAACCGCUUGCGCGACGCGCGAGCGAAGACGUGCAUAAGUCGUGCCUCUCCUGUGUUCGUCCGUACGUGAAAAAACAGGUCAUGCCGGAAUUCCGAGCGCUUGUUGCCAGACCUCAAAUGGUACGCUCAAUCGAGCAGGACCUGUCGCGCGUGUACAGAUUGAUGGAAGUCACCACGGCUGUCCUGGGCGACGAGGCCGCGCCCGCAAUCUCCAACGCGGAAAAAGUUCAAAGACUCAUGGAGAAGUCAAGACUCGGCGCGCGGCCCUACGUGUUGACAAGGCGAGAGUUGUCGCACUCAAAAUCAUGUGCGGAAGCGCGCACAUCGGACGACGCCGUGCAUAUCUCACUGGACGAGUUUCCCAUCGCGAUUCACAUGGUGAAAGACGCCGCGCCGCCCGAGGACAAUAUCCAGGAAGAACCAGAAGAAGAAGAAGAAGAAGAAGAAGAAGAAGAAGAAGAAGAAGACUCCAUCCAAGAAACGCUCGUCAUCGAGCAAUCGCCCGCACAAACCGAUGAUGAUGAGGUUGACAAGGUGGAAAAGUCGAUCGUAAAGGAGGUGGUCGAACAGGAGGCAGUCGAAGACGAGGCAUUCUUCACCGUCGGGCACGCUCCCGCUCAACAGACGACGCCGAUGAAGGACGUGCAGACGCAAACGGAUAACGACGAUUCCCCGACGAGCUUCAACUUGAUGAGCCCAUCGUCUGCGCGCCAACGCGGGAUCGCCGUCCAGACGGACGACGGCGAUGACGGGCCCGUCGACGAGACGACGAAGAUUCCGUCGCAUCGCAUCCAAGCACCCGUCGGCGUCGAUGAACAAUUUUUCUCCUCUUCGAAAUCCGAGGAUACGAUGACACUGAAGAAGAAGUCACCUCACACCGUGGUCAAGGCAUCGAGAAACAAAUCACCGGAAAGCGCGCGCGCGGCGAGCGCGAGCGCGAGGACGAACGACGGCGACGCAAACCGGUUGCCAAAGAGAAGGCGAACCGAGUUUCAAUGCGUCCAAGAGUUGCACACAGUGGGGACGAAAUAUCCACCUCUGGGAAAGAAAAAGCUGCGAUUGGCCGCGAAGCCGUACGAAGCCCCCCCGGAGGCGCUGGAGAUGCCCCAUCCCGCGCUGUUAGAUUUGGUCGGAGACGCGCCCGACGCCGAGGGCAGCCGCGCGUUUGAUUUCGAGAGCGACCAAGAGGCGGCGCCGCCGUCGAGACCCGCCGCUCGCGUGCCCGUGACAGCGUUCGACGAGAGCCAGUGGAAACAUCUCGACCCCACGGGCUCGCCCGCCGGUCUCGCACCGGUUCGCAUCCCGAGGUCAUCCGAGGACUCCCCCUCGGCGUCCGACGCGUGGGGUUCCAGAUUCAACGCCUCUCGCCCGUCCCCCAGCGCGACCCCAUCCAAACGAUCCACCUAG